UGUUCCCGUAAGGACAGGUGUGAGCGUGCAGAUGAGCCCCAGCGGUUUGCCUCUGACCAGCGUCAGUGUGUGGAGCUCAGCAUCCAGCCCAAAAACAUCUCCGUCACCAUGUCCGAAGUGCAGGUGUGUGUGUCUACUUGUCGGACUCUGUUAGUGUACCGCAAAAGUGACAGUGUGUAAAUGUUCCAAUAAGUCUCUAACUAAGUGCUUGUCUCAUUGAAGACCUUAACAUGUUCCCCACACUUACCUUGGUCCUCAAUUUGUUCCAAGGCUACAUUCCAAAUAUCCACACUAGCCCACCACUUAGCAUGCACUUAAUGCAUGGUACGCUAUUGUGGAAUAUUGGAACAGAGCCCAUUUAGGUCAGCUGGUCCUCACAUUUACAUGCUGUGUUGUUGUCCCCAUGUUAACCAUGUUAAUAAUACAUUUAUUGCAGGGCUAUGUUCCAAUACCUACACUAACACACUAGCACCAACACUUCAUUCUAAGCUGUAUGCUAGUGCUAAGCUAGGAUAUUGGAACCGAGCCCAUUUAGGUCAGCAGGUCCUCACAUUAACCCUUGGCGUUAUGUGGCAUAUAUUACAUGUCCACCACUUUAACUGUGUUAAUAAUGUAUUCCCUAUAUUGCAUUGAUUUGUCUCCAGCUGGUGCUGGAGACGCGUAACGUCCCCGACCUCUCUGCGGGGGUCAACUGCUCCUUCGAGGGCUACGUGGAGACGGAGGGGCGCAUCCAGGGGGGUCGCAUCUACUGCCUGUCCCCCUCAGCCCGUGACGUCAUCCCCAUCACCCGCAACAAAGGUGAGAACGCCGUCUGGACCCCGCCUCCUCAGGUGAUGAUGUCAUGAUUUCACAGAAUCUGCAAAGGAAAAGGCUGUGGCGCCAAUAAGGAUGUCACGGGCCCCAAAAAAGACUGUGGCCGCAUGUCAGUCAGUGGAGGCUGGUGAAGGGAGUAAUGGCUGAGAUGGAAGGAAUGGAGCAGUGUCAAUGUGUUUAAUACCGUUCCAGUCAUUUCAUUCCAGCCAUUACAAUGCCCUGCCCUUAUUGCCUUACAGUCUUCCUCAUCUUCUUGAUAGUUUCGCCUUGAACAGAAUUGCACAUUUCAUGGCUUUAUUUGGAUAACUCGACAAUACUUUCUGAGUUUUUCUGUCACUACCAGUGUUUGCCCCCUAAUUGCUCCCCAAAGCACCAAAGACAAUUUAAUAUUUGUCCUCUCCAAAGAGUGUUCAGAAGUGGGUCCCAUUACCUUGCAUUAUGCAUCGUUAUCAGUUCUAAUGUAAUCACGCCACAAUGACACCACUGUUGCCUGUUACGCCUCUUCAAAGCCCCGAGAUGACGGCGCCGUAUAUUUAGAUUCCCCAGAAAUUGACACGUUUAGACUUAAUAGUUCCUAAAGCAGAUUUCUUAUCAGCAAUCUAAUGGUCCCUGUGUCUCUAGGAGCUAUUUCUACCCCACUUACAGGGUCUACAAUGCAUAACAUAAAUGGUGUGUUGCUAAGCGACGUGCAUGUCUCUGUAGGGGACAAACGCGUGGUGAAGCUCUACCUCAAGUCCAAGGAGACGGGCAAGAUGUUCGCCAGCGUGGACUUCAUCUUCUACAACUGCAGUGUGCACGCGUCGUAAGUUCUCUCACGUUCUUUGUGCGUCGUGUGUUUAACGUUCCGGUUUUUUCUCUGCUUUCUCCCUUUUCUCCUCCUCUUUUUCUUUCUCUUCUUCCGUUCUGUUUUCCCUCUGGUCCUCUUGUGUUACACUGCCCCUGAGAGGACGCAGUAAGCCUGGGAGCCCGUACACACGCACUCAACCCCACCCCCCUGUGACCUCCAUGCACAUAGGUGGAUCAUGUUACCACCACUGAGUGGAAAUCGAACCCUCCAUAUAUGACGAGAUAUCGAGAUUCAAGAUGGUAAAUCUACCCUUAUGAUCAUAACGCACAGUAGCUGAUAAUAAUAUCAUUAUAAGUAAUGAAUUGCAAUUGACAGUCUCUGGUAUUGGUUCCCAAACGCGCUCUGUCUAAAAAGUUUCUCAUUACCCGGGUAAUACAUAUUCAAAGGUCGAUACAUAUCAAAAUCUGCCCAGUGAAGUAAGCGUUGUGUCUUGGUUAGUGUUUAGGUUACUUCAAAAACAACCUCUAUUUCCGCAACCCAGUCUUUAGCCAUGACUCUGGAGGGACCAGCUUAGUAAAGAUCUUAACCACAACCAGCCAGGCAGGACCUCUGGGGGAGAUUCUCCCCAGGCCAGAUACACUUAUCCUGGUGUGUUAGGGUGGACUAGACCCCCGCCCCUCGGAUUGGGGUAUUAGCCGCAGGGCAGCAGAUGGCUAGGGGGCCCCAUAGGUUCCUCAAAGCCCAAAGUUCCCCAUACGAGUCAGACGAGCCUCCUUGGAGAAUAGGACCCCGCUGGUUAGCUCAGUUGGGUGAGGGUGUGGUGUUAACAAUGUCAAGCUUGUGGGUUCGAUUCCCAGCUAGGGACUCUAAAUAAACCUCUUCAAUUGUUAAUGCUACUGCAAUACUGGGGUUUAUAGUCGCAAUAUUAACCGCAAUAAACCCACAAAUAUGAUAAAGGACUUGUGUAACGGAGUUGUCUACAAUAUUAGAGAUGAUACAUGUCUAUGCAGAUGACAGUGAUCAAUGCUGAUUGCCGAGUAAAUCCCAUUGCUUGGUAAAUCUAAUAUAGGAUUUUGGUUACGGAGUGGUCAUUUUUGUAAUGAUACGGAGUUGACGAGGAAAGAUGCUGAGUAUAUCCCAUUUGGCUGGCACUCGUGCCGCCGAACCACUUUGCUAUGGACAUCUGUGCUCGGCGUCUGAUGAUGAGAUCAGACUGGUAAUGUCAUUUCCGUAAUGACUCAGCACGACUCGCAGAAGAUGCUCUCACUAUUUCAUGACUGCAUGAUCAUUGUUUACUGAGAUGAGUUAUACUGUAAUGGGGAGAGACACACAUAGUGCUUUACACUUAUAUAUAUAUAUUUAUAGGCACUCAGACGCACGUGCACACACACAAUUCAUGCACAGAACACACACACAUAGACCCAACCUCCAAAAAGAGCUUCAAAAGCAGUUGUCAUUAUUUCAGCCCUGGAAUCCUUUCUUGCUUUUCCAUCAUAGACGUUUACAUGCAUACUGGAAUUACAAUCGCUGUCGCUAAGGGAUAUGCUCGCUCAAUGUUGAAAGACAUAGAUACAUACGGAUAUAGUAUCCCAUAUGGAUACAGUAUCUACCCCCACCCGUACCCACCAUGCACACACCACCCACCCUCCCCCCUUCUUAUUUAUUCUACUGAUUAUGUCUUGGUCCCGCACUUUUAAAAAAUUCCAUACAUUUGCAUAGCAAUAUUAAUCUAAUUAGAAAUCCCACUGUUUCAGUUAAGGGUGGAGAAAUUGAAAUAGAAAACCACCCGCGGCCAUGAUUACUUCUUAAUUCAAUAUUUCCAUUUUUAAAAAAAAUAUUCCUCCCAUUUGUGAUUUAUUAGGACUAAGGUGGAUAGUGUGGCAAUAAAGUAGGGUUUGAUGUCUCUAUGGGAAAGAAUGAAGACCUAUAAGCACCUUUUUCCUCUAGUUAAUUUUGUUCAGGUACUGACUGGGUCAUCUAUUGUGUGAUUUAGGGUCCUUGCGGUCUAAUUCGGUAUAUAGACUCCGCAGGAAACCGUGUCAUACUCUGUCUUCCAGAGAUGCAUGGAGAGAAAAGGUUUGGAAUGGAAAUGGAGGUAGACAGAGACAAAAAGAGGUAGAGGUCUUUACUUUUUGAGUGUGUGACAAUAUGAACUAGACUUUUCCAUUUGUCAAGGUGCAAACUACUUUGUACCCACCUGACCGUAACAUUGGGGCACAUGCACUCAUGCACGAUAUGCAAUUGCACUUACAUCCCCUUAUACAAAGUUUGGUCCAAAGCCAGGUAUUCAGUAAAUGCUUUAGUGAAGAGAGCAGUGAAGAUCGUUUUUAACCUAUCAAUUAACCUGCCGGCUAUUUACACCAUUAAGCACUAUUCAUUUGAAAUAAAAGGCACCUUUCGAAUAAGUAAUUUGAUCAAGUACAUGAUGCCAAAUACAGUACACUUCAGGCUGAUAAAGGUUACAAAAGCCUUUAUAAAAGAAUCAAACCAAAGCUAGAGAGAAAUCACAACCUAUUGUGUUGGGGGGGGAGGGGCUAAUGCCACUGCAGCGGUAAGGUUGACGUAGCUUGAUUAACAUUUCAAUAUGAAUGGAUUAAAUUAGCAUUAGCAUCAUAAGCGUGGCUGCUUGGGAGCGUGGCUUCUCCAUUGAUGGUUGGAUGGUCACAGGGUGCAGGGAAACUACAAGGGGUCAAUGGAUAGAGGCCCACCUCCAGAGAGAAGAUUAGGGGAGGUUGGGUAUCCUCAAAUGGCUUUGGGUGGGUAUCCCCCAAAUUCAAAGGCUUAGGAUGGACGCUAGCAGGGGGUAGCGACUAGCGAGUUACUGGGGGUGUGCAUUGAGAGGCCUACUUCCAGGCCAAUGGAGGAGUGGUCGGGGGUCCCCACAUGGGGUCUCAAUGGCCUUGGGUGGGUAGAAAGAUAGGUACCCCCUUUCCUAUUAAGCUAUGUAACGGUUAUUGAGGUAUUGAACUCAUUCUUCCUUUGGGAGGUAAAGAAGAGGUAGAUAGUAGGGGGUCGUUGCAUGCUGCGUUCCUGCUCGUUAUACCAAAGUCUUAAGUGUGCAAACAGGACGCUCAUUUUCCAUAAUGAAUAAAUGAAGGGAAGAAAUAAAAGGAUCUUUGUCUGGUAGAUGCCUAGUCUACAUUUAACCAGUUUGGGGAAUUGACCUUCAACCUGUACUUUGUGGAGACCUCGCGCCAGUCCCCGCUUGAUGGCAAAUCAUAAUGUGCUAAAAUGGUGCCCUCCUUUUGUCAGAAAUAGCAUGCUUAUGUAAUAUAAAGUGUACUUUGUCCAGGUUAAACAAAUGCUGAAAACAUAGCAAACCAACCGCUAGGCUAACUAGCCCUUAACUAAGCUUACAUUUCAGCCAAGUGGCUAACCUAGCCUAGCUUAGCAUAAUCAACCCUCUUUCCAUUUGUUACUACAUUGAUGAAUCUCCCCCUAGUUUACUGCUGGAAAAUGAGGCCUAUUAUUAUUUCCUUACAUAAAUGUAGUAGUAAACAAAACGCUUGGCUAGCUAGCCUGACCUAGCCUGCUCCCAUUUGUUUUUACAUUGAUGAAUCUCCUUGCUACUCUGAUGUCGGAUUAAGAGGCUUGUGAUUUCCAUUGCUUAUUUUAAAUGGACAGGCUCUCUCAGCACAAUGCUAAAUUGGUCAAUUAAAGGCACUUUGGGAUUGAAUUAAAGCCUUGUCGUCUGAUCCUUAUGAAGAGGGGGGCCAAAAUAAUCUGGGUAACGUUUGAUGGAUUCAGAUUGUGUCCGACUUUAAGAGCUUUGAGUUAAAGCCCUGUUACUAAUGCCGGCCGUAGAAUCGGAAAUUCCGUUUUACACAGAGAAGCGUACUUUGGUGCGUGUUGUGAGCGUUCAGGUAUUGAUUGAGCUACAUUUGUGAGUUAGGUCCCCACAGAUCAUGUCGGAUGAGGAGACAGUGAGCGGAUUUCAGUCUGGUUUUAAAUAGUUUAUCUGCUUUGGAUGCAUUUUAUGUGUUUUUUUACACAAUCUAAAACACAAUAAUUUGUUAGAUGAUCAUUUGAGUUGAUGAUUGAAUUGAUGAGUGAUGGUAUAGGACUGAUGGUAGAUGCAGAUUACCCACUCGCCGUUGGAUCCUUACAAGGUACUUCGACCUAUGUCCCCGAUAUCUCUUUCUCAUGCGAAUGACAGGGAUUUGGGCCUUGUCGGGUGUCUAAAGGAAAUCCUUUGCGUCCGGCUCGUUAAAGAAAUAAGCUUCGUCCAAUACGAGGUGAGUAAUCGCUGUCCUGAUAUCCAGAAGCUCAUUUUGGUCAUAAGAGACGGUGGCAGAAACAUUAUGUACAAAAUAAGCUACAAAUAACGCGAAAAAACACACACAAUAGAACAAUUGGUUAGGAGCCCGUAAAACGGUAGCCAUCUCCUCCGGCGCCAUUCUUCUAAUAACCCCCCCCCCCCCCCCAACACACACGCUCACACAGACCCAGACCCCCCCAUCCCCCCCCCCUUCGAUACCUCUAUCCCACGAGACUUCUAUACCAAGCCCUUGGCUACACCCCACUCCUCCCUCUUUCUCUCUCCCUAGCUCUCCGUCGUUUUCCAUCUCUCCCACGAUACCUGGCAUCUCUCCCUCUCUCUCAGGGAGAUCCACCUGCUUUUGAUCUCUUUUCUCUCGCUCUGCUCAUCACUCGCCACCUGGGCGCCAAGGCCAAAGUGGGUGCAUUUAAAUAGCAAGCGCUCUUAGCUGGAGGAUGAAAGGGGCUUUGGACAAAAAGCGAGGGAAGGUUUAAAAGCCACGGGUAGAAUGAAACACCAUGAGAUGGAUAGAGGUGGUGAAUACUGUCAAUGGAGAGGGAGAGAAAGAGAAUUGAGGUAAAGAUAACAAAUGGAGUGAGAGAAGGUAAGUUGAUAGGGAGAGGCUAUAGAACAGUAUAGAGAAAGACGGAGACAGGGAAGAGAAAGACUGAAUGCGGAUAGAGAGAGGGGAGAACAGUGAACAGACAUGGAUGGACAGUGAGAGUUAAAAAGAGGAAGAGAGUAGAGAGAGGUAAAGCUAGAGAGCAUUUGAAUGGCUGGAGAGAGAUUAAGAGAGUAAACAGAGAAAGAGAGAGGUUACUUUGAUUCUUACGCUGCAUGUGCCAAGCCUGUGUUCUGUGUUUCCUAACAAUAUCCGUCUCCCCGUCCUCACCCCAGGUGCCUAUCGUGUGUGAACGGCUCGUUCCCUUGCCACUGGUGUAAGUACCGUCACAUGUGCACCCAGAACGCCAACGACUGCUCCUUCCAGGAGGGCCUCGUCAACAUGUCCGAGGUGAGUGUCACACUUUCCUAUCCCCCUUUCUACACACACUUCUCUGAGUCCGACCUUGUUUUUCUUCCUACAUUCUUUAACUGACUAUAGGGGAUGGCGUGGCGCAGUGGUCUAAGGCACUGCAUCGCAGUGCUAACUGUGCCACUAGAGAUCCUGGUUCGAAUCCAGGCUCUGUCGCAGCCGGCCGCGACCGGGAGACUCAUGGGCGGCGCACAAUUGGCCCAGCGUCGUCCAGGGUAGGGGAGGUAAUGGCCGGCAGGGAUGUAGCUCAGUUGAUAGAGCAUGGCGUUUGCAACGCCAGAGUUGUGGGUUCGAUUCCCACGGGGGGCCAGUAUAAAAAAAAGAAAAAAAAUUAGAAAAAAAAUAUGUAUUCACUAUAACUGUAAGUCGCUCUGGAUAAGAGCGUCUGCUAAAUGACUAAAAUGUAAAUGUAAUGUGGAACUGAAUGCUGAACCUGUUAAAGAAGACUUGCUGAGCUUAUGUCUUGCUAUUAGGUCUUAGUGACACAAACCUGGUACACAAGCACAUACUCAGGUGUGUGUAAGCACACACACACGCACACACACACACACACACACUUGUGCAUUUUCAUCCUUGCUGUUGAGCUCCUUUGUGUCUCCUUUUGUUUAUUGUCUCACUGGGAGCUUUUGGCACUGUGACAACACUGCUUGUAUACAGAGCGGCAGGCAGUGUUUCUGUUUCCUUUCCAUAGGAUGGC